GUUGGUGUGUGUGCAAAAUGUUUCUCUCUCUCUGUAACUGACGCGCCGAUCUCACUCUCAUUAUGCGUUCCAUUCCGUCUCUGAAAUGGGCUGCGGCGAUCACGAUAGGCUCGGGCCUAGGGCUCCUACACUGGUCUUCCACCCCCGAUUCCGAAUCUGAUUCCAAUUCCGAUUCCGAUUCCGCUUUCUUCAAGAAGCCUCUUUUGUCUUUCGCCGACUGGUCAGCGACCGCCUCUGAAUCUGCCUCUGCAUUUCGCAAAUUAGCACUGCCUGAAAGCCCUAAAUACCUCUUUGGAGAUGCAUAUAGGAGAAAGAUUUUCUUUAACUAUGAGAAGCGCAUCAGGUUGCGAAGUCCUCCUGAAAAGGUUUUUGAGUACUUUGCAUCUUUUUCGUCACCGGAAGGAGAAUUACUUAUGACACCAGAAGAUCUAAUGCGGGCAGUUGUUCCUGUUUUCCCUCCAUCAGAGUCCAACCUUGUUAGAGAUGGAUAUUUGAGAGGAGAAAGGAGCCCUGGUGACUUACGAUGUGAUCCUUCGGAUUUUUUUAUGCUUUUUGAUGUGAACAAUGAUGGACAUAUAUCUUUUAAAGAGUAUAUCUUUUUUGUGACGCUACUCAGCAUUCCAGAGUCGAGCUUUUGUGUGGCAUUCAAAAUGUUUGACAUUGACAAUAAUGGGGAGAUAGAUAAGGAAGAAUUCAAGAAAGUGAUGGCUUUAAUGCGAGCUCAUCAUAGACAAGGGGCUCAACACAGGGAAGGGCUUCGAACUGGGUUAAAAUUUCGUGGUUCUGUAGAAAAUGGAGGCCUGGUGGAGUUUUUCUUUGGUAAGUAUGGAAAGGAACGCCUCCAACACGAUAAAUUUUUCCAAUUUAUGCGGGAUUUGCAUGAUGAGAUUCUGAGAUUGGAGUUUGCUCAUUAUGACUACAAGUUACGAGGAACUAUAUCAGCUAAGGACUUUGCGUUGUCCAUGGUUGCUUCUGCUGACAUGAGUCAUUUAGGCAAGUUGCUUGAUCGGGUUGAUGAAUUGAACAAUGUUCCGCAACUUAGUGAUAUUCGCAUUACAUUUGAGGAGUUCAAACAUGUUGCAGAGCUACGUAGAAAAUUGGAGCCACUUUCUUUGGCCCUUUUCAGUUUUGGAGAAGUGAAUGGCCUGUUAACAAGAAAAGACUUUCAACGAGCUGCAUCCCAAGUAUGUAAUUUAUCCCUAUCUGAUAAUGUGGUUGAAAUAAUUUUCCACGUAUUUGACACCAAUCGAGAUGGAAAUUUAACCUAUGAUGAGUUUGUGAGAGUCUUGUACAAACGGGAAAGGGAUAUCACCCGACCUGUGGAGGAAGGAGUCCCGGGCUUAUUGUCGUGCUUCCGGAACCGCUCAAAUGAUUUCUCCUUUUCACGGUUCCUUUCGUGACACACACCUGUGCCUCUGUGUAGUCUCUGAAGUUUGCUCAAGGAUGCUUCUGAUGGAUCCGAAGGAUUCCAAUCGCUUGUAAAUUUACUCAAUUAGGCAAUUUCUGUUAAUAGGAGGCUUCACGUUUGCCUUCUUGAUCCCUACCUAGGUGAGAAUGCACAGGCCUUGAAGAAUGAUUCUGAUAGCUUGAAGGUUUUACCCUUUUGUAAAUGGAAUGAAUAGGUAAACUUUAUUUCUUAAGAAGUGCUUGGAUCAAACUUUGAACUCGUAACAAUGAAGUAUACGACAUUUUAUAGCAUAAAUGUACAUUUUCUCUUUGUCCUAC